AAUACCCGCCCUUGCUGGGGUGCACCGCCCCUUUCUACUCGAAAUUGUCGAAUUAAGGCGAACCUCUCUGCCUUUGAACAAAAACAUCAAUACCCAAGUCAUCUUUAAUUCCAUGAGCCAGUCCAGCGUGUCUCCUUCCUUCUCUCUCUUCAGCUUUACGGCGGUAUUUUUCUUAAAAUUCUUUAUUCUAUAUUUUGUUUUUCUUCUUUUGUCCGCAAACAAAAAGGAAGGAAUCCACGAAUCGGCGACUUCAAAUGUCCAAGGCCUAGAAUUAGUCUAGGUCUAGUCUGUCAAAGCGCUCAGUCUUUAUUUGAACAAACACAGGAGGCAUCGACAGCAAGCAUUACACCACACGGUCUUGUUCAGAAGUUCAGAAAGAAACCGCGGGUUGUGUGGGCGGAGUUGCCGCUUUCAGGGGCCCGUGACGUGACGGCAGCAUGGUCGCCAACACCGACGUCAUCGCGCCCGAGGGUAGCACAAAUCAGCAACACAAUCACGGUGGAGAGUCUGAAAAACCACCAUCUGCGCGUGCAAUCUCGGACGGCAGGCUCCCAGAUGGCGCCAGCGAAUUUGCAAAACAGUCAGAGAAGCUCUCGCUUCAAAAGUCUGGCGGCAGUGUAAAAGACGACAAUCCUGCCGUAGAGGCCCGCUUCGUUUCUCCACAGGAUACCGUCCUUGUCACCUCCAACGGCGAUAGGUUACCCGGUGUGCCACUGGAGGAGGCUCACAGAUUGAACGAACUCAACCAAGGAUUGAAUGGGGGGAAGAAGGCCGAUGCCAGCGGUUCGGUCGCCGACAAUUCUGCUGGAGAGAAGGCGGCAUCAGGAGCAGGGCCAGAUGCGUCCCCUAACGAGAAGGGAGAGGUGGCUGUACCCCUUGAUGAGCGGAGCGCCAACACGAAAAACGCCAAGUCGAUACAGGAGUCGACUCAAGGCAACCUGACCAAGUCAAUGCCGCCAUCGCACACGAACCCGCUGUUCCCGCCGUUGCCGCUCUAUGGUCCUCCGAGUCUGAUGCGUAACUUGCAAUGCACGACAUUCCGCGUUUCGUCCUUUUUCCUCUCGCUUGGCUUCCUAGGCGUCAUUGUUCUGGGCUCCCUGUUCACCAGCAUACCGCCGUUUUGCAGCCGCGCCUUCAAGUACAUGUUACUCAAGAACCCGGACGCAGAACGCCCAUUCUACGAGGAAGAGAAGCGCCGUGCGUCCGUACGGAAGGAGCUCGAGCGUAGGUGGAGGCGGCGCGGGUCCCCUGACAGGACGCCUCAGGACGCCGAGAAUCGGGACGGUGAUGGCUACAUCCCCACAGAGGGUGGUCCGGAUCCCAUCAAGUGCGAUGUUGGCUACUACGCCCGUCGUGUCGGGCUCGAUGUAGAAGAGUUUGAGGUUCAGACCGAGGACGGCUUCAUCAUUGACCUUUGGCAUGUCUACGAUCCGCGGGAGUAUGAAGAACUCGAACCCAAGCAACGGAAAGAACGAGGCCCCGAAGUUUUCACCGGCGCCAAGAGAAAGCUGAGGAACCCCGACGGACCGAAGAGGUUCCCGGUGCUUUUGAUGCACGGCCUACUACAAAGCGCCGGUGCUUAUUGUGUGAAUGAUGAUGAUUCUUUGGCCUUUUACCUGUGCAAAUCCGGCUACGACGUCUGGCUUGGGAACAACCGCUGCGGCUUCAAACCAAAACACACCCUCCUCAAAUACUCCGACCCUCGGAUGUGGUGCUGGAAUAUCCGACAGAUGGGCGUAUUUGACCUCACUGCACUCACGUCUAGGGUACAGUUCGAGACUGGUUUCGAAAAGAUCGGUCUGGUAUGCCACUCCCAAGGCACCACGCAGACUUUUGUCGCCCUGGCCAAAGAGCAACGACCCGACCUCGGUGAGAAACUGAGCGUCUUCUGUGCCCUGGCGCCGGCGGCUUAUGCUGGCCCGUUGAUCGGCAAGAUGUACUUCAAGUUCAUGCGCAUCAUCACCCCGUCCAUGUUCCGCCUGAUGUUUGGCAUCCACGCCUUCAUCCCCUUCAUGAUGACCAUGCACAGCGUCAUCAACCCGCGAAUCUACGGCAAGCUGGGCUACAAGGUCUUUUCGUUCCUGUUCAACUGGACCGACACGCGUUGGGAUCGCGGCCUCCGAGACCGCUUCUUCCAGUUCGCCCCCGUCUACGUCUCAGCCGAAUCGAUGCGGUGGUGGCUCGGACGCGAGUGUUUCGCAAACCAUAAGUGCAUCCUGGCGACCAAGGAGGAGUGGAAAGCCGAGGAGGAGGAGGACAAACACAACGAAGAGACGGAUGCCCAACAGCAACAGGCAUCCACGGGUCCGGGCGAAGAUCCUCCGCAGCGCUGGCCCAGCAACCUCCUUCUCGACCCGGAGAAUGUCGAUCCGAAAAACAUCCACAGCCCGAGCCCGAGCCCUAGCCCCGACCCGGAGGCCGGCACCGACGAGCACCACCAGACCAUGCAGCAGCGCCGACGCCCGCUUGGCGCCACGGCGUGGUACAACAAGCAGGCCCCACCAUUCGCGUUCUGGGUCUGCGGCCGGGACGACCUCGUCGACGGGCGCAAGCUCCUCCGCCGCUUCGAGCGUGGCCGUGAGCCGCACGUGAACGUUGUCCACAGCAGGGUCCUCGACGAGUACGAGCACCUGGACGUCAUCUGGGCCAUGGACGCCCCCGAUAGGGUCUUCAGCGAGGUCAGGGAGGUGCUCUGGAAGACUUGCAACGUGCGUGACCGGUGCAGGGUCCCCAAGGGGUGUGAGGAAGUCGCGCCGUGGUCGCCCGCUGGCGAGGCCAGGGGCGUGGACCAGCCCAGCUAUGGAGGUGGUCAGGGUGAGGAUAACGAGUUUUCCGGCAGUAGCAGCGAAGAUCUGUCCGCGUGAGACGGUCGUUCAUGAAAGGUGUAUCAAUUAGCGCUAUUCUUUCUCACACUUACGGCGUCCUGGCUUGCUCUUUUUCCAUGUUGCUUUUUGUUUCCAUCUUGUCCUUAUCAUUUAUUUUCAUUAUAAUUUUAGGCUCAGGUCCGGGGGUGCUUUGCAGGCGUCUGGUCAGUUUAGGACUCGGGGCAGCACGCUUAUGCGUUUUUGGUUAAGGCAAGUAUAAAAUAGUAAAAAAGAAAUGUGUACGGAUAGUACUAAUACACCGAGUGAUAUUACAACUGUAUCGCGCCGGUGAUAAAUCUCGGAACCUCAGUUUAUCCCUUUUUUUCCUAGCAGAAAUAUCGAAAAGAAGCUCCG